ACAAAGCGUGCGCUGGUCAGCGGCACGGAAGUGGUUUUGUUUCGCUGGCAACCCGCGAUAGUAUGUGAUAAACGUGAGCUCCUUUAUGUGUAAAACCCGCAUAGCUCCCUUCGACGUGUUUUAAUUUGUUUUAGAUUGUUUUCAUUUUUAUGGGUAUUGUUUUGAUCUCAGCCGACGCGAACGCCGGGGAGCUAGCUAGCUGGUGAGCUAGCUUCAUUAUCGCAAUCAGCCAUGCCGACUUACUCUGAGAUGAGGAAAACCAACCACUUCUACUAUUUCAUCAAAUUCACCUUAAAUGUCUACUCGAUGCUGUUCUCGCUGAUGGGCCUGUGUGUUCUGUGUGUGGGCGUGUACGCUGAAGUGGAGCGGCAGAAGAACCGGACCCUGGAGGGCCUCUUCCUGGCCCCGGCCGUGGUGCUCAUCCUGCUGGGCCUGGUGAUGUUCACCGUGUCCGUGGUGGGCAUGGUGGGCUCCCUGAGGGACAACAAGACCCUGCUGCAUAUGUUCCUCUGCGUCCUGUGUGUCCUGCUGCUGCUGCAGGCCAUCGCCCUCACCACUGCGCUCAUCUUCGAAAAGAAGACGGCCUCCUUGUUUCAGAGCAGCAUACGAGAAGGAAUCAAACACUACUACGACGACCUCGACUUCAAAAACAUCCUGGACUACGUGCAGCAGAAGUUUUCUUGUUGUGGAGGCGAUGAGUACAAAGACUGGGGAGUCAACCAGUAUCAUUUCUGCAACGGGACUGGACCACUUGCCUGCGGUGUUCCUUACACCUGUUGUGUUCGCCGUAAGGUGGGAGAAGUCAUCAACACCCUGUGUGGCUAUCAGACUCUGGAUAAACAGCGUGAAACCCUGCACGAGCUGAUCCACGUGCGAGGCUGCAUCCACGCCGUCAACCUGUGGAUGAGCGACAACAUUGGAAUCACCGUGGCGCUCUGCUGCGCCAUCGGCCUGCCGCAGCUGCUGGGCAUCAUCCUGAGCUGCGUCUUCUGGAACCUGCUGGUGGACAUGAGCGAGUCGGCCGACAUGGUGGACUUCAAGCUGAAGAAGGCGGAGUUCCAGUACAGCGAGCUGGACCUGGCGGGCGCCGGCUGGUGCAUGUGCCUGCCCCGGGACGGCGGCUACCUGCCCGUGCCGGCCUCCGAGCCCGAGCUGGACCCCAUUGACAUUCACCUGGAGAAGCUGAAGAAGCAGCAGCCGCGCACGCACUCCCAGCUCAGAGAACUGCAGCAGUCGCGCUCGGCCACUGGGCUGGACGAGGUGGACGUGGGCCGCAAGCAGAAGCGGGAACACUGAGGCGGGUUUGGGUUCCGCCCCGUGUCGCCUCUCCCAGGUUUUUUGCCUUUUGUUCCGGUCUUUGUUGGGAGUUGUGUUGCACUACCUAUCGGCCGAGGCCCUGUUCGCACGGCGACCCGUCAGGUGAAAAAUGUGUGGUUAUUUUUGCGUUUUUAGUUUUGUAAAAGUGUCACAUUUAUACGGCAGCGUUUUAAAAACGACGUGCGCGCAUACGGCAGUGGGAGAAGAAUCAGACGUCAAAAAUAAACGAAACUAGAGUGUCAUGUUUUCGCCUGACGCCGCCGCCGCCGCGUGAACGGACCCUCAGUCUGUCGUUGGUCGAAGUGAACGUGGGAUCAGUGGCACCUUGUGGAAGAAUCUGUUUACUACAAAAGAACAACAAGCAACAUUGACUUUUUAUUAUUUAAAAACAUUUCUUCUGUCUUGUUUGUGACCGUUAGUUUUCAAGACAUCCUGGCAUUAUAUCACACUUAAUUUAAUCUUUUUUUUUUUUUUUUAGCCUUUGAAAUUGAGCUGUGUCUCAUGUGCUAAUGCUUACCUCAGGCUAUUUUGAAAAUAGCCCCAUAGACAGAGGACAGUAAUAUUUGAUGUAUAAAUUAUUGGUAGCUUGAAAAGAUGUUUUUUCAUUGUUGGAGAAAUAGGAAUAGCCAAGUAUGUUUUGCGUGUAGCGUCAGUGACGGAUGUAUACAGUUUGUGUAUGAUUUGGUUUUUAUUCUGACUCUGAUUUUGUGCAAUCAGUGUACAUUGUGAGACUGAUAGUCGUGGAAUAACAUGGGAUGCAUGUUUUGUACUGUAUAAUGAAGUAAGUUAAAAAAGAAAAAAAAUCAACAAAAAAACUCGGUCUACAUGUUAGGCUCUCAUCGGGGGGCUUCAGUCUUUUCCAUUUUUUAAACUGAAAGUUUUUAUUCCUUCCAUCUUUUAAGGGAACAAACUGAAGGGAUCCUGAGAAGGCAACUCUGUGACGGUUAUUGUAUCUGAGUUAUGCACUGUUUUGAGCUUCCCCCAGCUCCUGCCUUGUAUCAGCACUACUGUUCUCGUCAAUAAAGCUGAAUUUGUCUACUGUUUUUUUUUCUUUUUUUUUUUUUUUUUUUAAGCAGGGUUGUUUCUUUGUAUAU